CUUGGGUUUUUGGUAUACAGUCCGCUUUUUGACUUUAAAUGUAGACGAUCUCUUUUCUUUGAAAUUGCAAGCUUUCCUUAAUCCUCUUUAGUGUUUGCACCUUAUAAUAUAAGUGGGGUUCUUUGUUACAAUCAAUUUUUCCAUAGAGAAAUUCCUGCUCAUAAAUCACUGCCCUUUUUCUUCUUCUUUCUGGGUUGUGUUCUUGCUCAAAAACUCUUCUUUUAAGAAUUAAGGCACAAUGCGUGCACCAUCAUUGCUUGCACAGUGCUUACUUGGCUUGGUGCCUCAAGACCGAGCAAGUCACUGCAUCGCCAAUGUUUCGGAUAGAGAUAUGCAUCUCCCUUCUCCUGCAGUUGAGAUUCUCCCUUCAAAGAUGGCGCACCCUUAUAAGUAUGCUGGGGAGAAUGUAGAAUUGCAAGGGCUUAAUGUGUUCAAGGGAAAAGUUAGUGUUGCUGAUAUUAUCGGGUUCACUGGUUCUGAAACUAUAUCCUCAAAAUCUGAUGGGUCUAUGAAAUAUUGGGACAGCUCUAUUGAUCUUGUAAAUGUCCUUAAGCAUGAGAUUCGUGAUGGACAACUGAGCUUUAGAGGCAAGAGGGUACUUGAGCUUGGUUGUGGCUAUGGACUUCCAGGGAUUUUCGCUUGCCUCAAGGGAGCUUGCACAGUACACUUUCAAGACCUGAAUGCAGAAACCAUAAGGUGCACAACUAUACCAAAUGUCCUUGCUAAUCUUGAGCAAGCUAGGGACAGGCAGAGCCGACAGCCAGAGAGCCCUCUUACUCCAUCAAGAUAUCCUCUUUCCCCAUCAGUGCAUUUCUAUGCUGGGGACUGGGAAGAACUUCCAACAGUCUUGUCUAUUGUGAGGAAUGAUGCCUUCGAAGUGACAACAGGGAUGAGCCAGAGCUUGUCCGAGGAGGAUUUCAUGGAUGGGUGUAGUAGCCAAGAUGGUAGCAUCAUAGGUCAGAAACACUCAGAUCUUUGA